AUCAUCAUCAUCAUCAUCAUCAUCAUCAUCAUCAUCAAUCUCUAAUCAGGAUUCGUUCUCGGCCGAUAUCUCUUUCACGAAAUAACCUCGUGCAUCGCAUCCGUCUCAUCGCCACCAAUAUGUCGUCUACCGACACGUCUUCGCCGAGCGACCCCUUAGCAGCCCCUAGCAGCAGCUCCAAGGACGCCGCCACGAUCCCGAAAGAAAGGCAGGAUGAGGAGACGAAGCAGGAAAGGGACGAGAAUAAACUUCCGCCUCUCAAGGGAGCUGAGUUCCGUGCCUACAAUCGUCUAGCCGAACAUAUGGAUCUAUUCCACGCCCAUUUCCGUACGGCGUGGAAUACGUUAUGGACGGCGGCCUGCGCGGGGAACGGUAGCAAAAACAAAUCGUCGUCGCGAAGUGGACGGUCUAUCAUUAGCGAAGGAUUGGCGUUCGUAGCCCAGCUCGAAGUGCACCACAACAUCGAGGAGACAUACAUAUUCCCUAUACUAGCUCGGCGGAUGCCCGAGUUCCGAAAUGACGGGAAAGGUGGUAAGAAUGCAGCAGAGCUGUUGCGGCAACACCGCGAGAUUCACGACGGCAUGGAGGGUAUGCGCAAGUACCUUAGGAGUUGUCGCGACGGCGAGCAGGAUCUAGACAUGGGAACGCUAAAAGCACAAAUGGAGAAAUGGGGAACCAUACUUUGGACCCAUCUCGAUCAAGAGGUUGCGACGCUGGGUGCUGAGAACAUGAGGAAGUAUUGGACCGCCGAGGAAAUCAGGCGGAUACCCAUGUAGACAAAUAUAUCUAUAAAUAUAUCUGGAUAUUUGGAUAUUUGGAUAUCUGGAUAUCUGGAUAUCUGGAUAUCUGGAUA